CAAAUUGCAAAUAGCCAUACAAGCUUCGUACGCUACGUAGAAUAUACCGACGAUUAUCGGGACUUCAAGCCUAGAUUGCAUGAUUGUUUUUUCUUUGCCUAUUGCAACUUUUGCUUAUUCGUCUUAUUUCCUGGGUCUCGGGUCGGUGCUUCGCUCGUGUGAACAAAGGUCUUGGGUAGUGAGCAUGGAUAUUGCUGGUUCUGUUCUACUCUAUUUUGCUUUUGAUAGUGGCUGGGUGGAUGGGUCGGGGGUGGGAAACGGAUGCCGAGGUGAGAGUGCAGUGCAACAAGGGUAGAUGAAGCGAAUACCGGCUAGGAUCCGGUUGGGUGGGUUGAUAGUUUGUUGGGAUGAUAUUCUUUUUUUGUUCAGUUCGAUUGUCGGUGUGAUGGGGAUAGUGGGAGAA